CGUCAUAGCCAUUGCUGAAGAACGAGAUAAAGGUCAAAUUGAAACUACGACAGCUACUGCCCUCGCAACUUUGUCUCCAGUAUCGUCAAAGCAACGGCCACCUGUUCCUACAUCUGCUAUUUCAACUACACAAACGCCCACAACGACGGCUCAAUCAAAAACGACGGCUGCUAUAUCAUCUAUUCAAGGGCAACCGGCUCAACCGCCUCCUCUUUCUCAGCUGAAAUCUACUACCACAGCGCAAAGGACAAUGCCCACACAAACAUCAAAGAGCGCAGCACCAUCCCUUCCAGUUCCAGCAAAGCCGCCAAACAUUCGCACCACUAAAUAUACCAUGGUGCAACCACCUGGCCGUAAAGGAAAGUCACCCACGGCAACACCUAGCCAAACAUCAUCGAAGGGAGCAAGAAAGUCGUCAGGCGUACCUAUCCAGAGGACCUUGAUGUCACGUUCGACUUCCACGCGCACAGGAUUGUCGGCUCCGAGAACAGGACCUUCCAAAAGCACGACAAGCGCCAGCGGUCAGACCGCUCUUCAACCAACGCCCGGCACUGAGGAUAGAAAGGUGACGCAAUUAACAAAUGGAAAGUACGUGGAAUACCGUGACAUGUCACCAGACAGAAUAGAUGUAUUUUCUUUAAUGGCUACAGUAGGUCUAGAUAUUCAUGCUCAGUUUGUACAUGUGGAAUAUAGGAAUCGUGUUCUAGAUCGCGUUGAUAGUGAGAGCUUUGAUUCAUCUACUAGAAAUCGCUUCCCAGCAGCCGGUCAACCUGAUUAUCUUGAAGGUAACAGUGAAAGCGAGUCAACGCCUAUGGAGAUAAAAAUAGAAAGACCUCCGCACACGUUGUCAGAGCGUGACCAGAAGUCGUACCGAAUACUGUCGACAAGUGAUGGUCAUCCAGAGCAAGUUGAAGGAAAUCACAUCGAAAAAAAUGCGGAAACCGCACCACCUGUGUUGAACGUUGUUUGGGAACCUACCGGAGGCGCAACGGCACAACA